AUCAGCGUUGAAUUUUUCUAAACACAUUUUAACAUGGUUCAUGGAUAUACCUACGAAGAUCUUGAAAAAGAGAUCAACGUCGACGAUGUCGAUUACACUGACUUAGAAGCCAGGUACCAGGUCAACCAGGAUUUUGGCUUGGAUAACUAUGUUGUCAUUGACGGAGCUCCUGUGACUACCGAAGCCAAAGUUCCAGUUUUGAGUAAAGUGUUGAAGAAAUUAUUAUCCAGCUACGGUGAGUUAGAAGACGGCGAUGACGGAUUCUAUAUGCCAAUAGAAGACGGGAAGACAAAAGGAUACUUGUUUGCUCAGUUCAAAGAAGCAGACCUGGCCAAAAAGGCUAUUAGACAAUUGAACGGAAAGCAGUUGGACAAGAGUCACAGAUUAUUGGUCAAUAGUUUGAGUGAUAUCGAAAACUAUGGUUCUGAAGGUAACGUCCCUGAGGAGUUUGUGGAACCAGAAAUCCCAGAAUUCAAGGAACAUGGUUUCUUGAAGGAUUGGUUAUUGGAUGAACAAGGAAGAGAUCAGCUUCUCUUACACCAAUCUGAAACCGUUGGUAUCUACUGGAACAAGAAGAAAAGCGACCCAGAAAAGGUUAUCGAACCAAGACAAGGAUUCACCUCCAAGUAUGCCAAGUUUUCUCCAAAAGGUACUUACUUGUGUUCCAUUCACCCUCAAGGUGUACAAUCUUGGGGAGGUCCUGAGUUUGAGAGCUUGAGUAAGUACAUCCAUAACCAAGUCCGUUUGAUUGAUUUCUCUCCCAACGAAAACUACUUGGUGACGUUGUCUCCCUUGCCCAUCACCAUGCCUGAAACUGCUGCUGAAAGAGCCCAUUUCCCAUUCAAAGAGGAAAAUGAGGGUCAUAAAUUAGUUAUUUGGGAUAUUAAGACCGGUGAACCUGCCAGAUCGUUUGCUUUGCCUCCUCACUUAGAAGGCCAGAAGGAGAUGCCUUGGCCCUUGGUCAAAUGGUCUCACGAUGAUAAGUACUGUGCUCGUCAAGGUCCAAAUGCCUUGGCUAUCUACGAGACUCCAUCUUUCCAAUUGUUGAACAAAAAAUUGGUGCAAAUCGACUCGAUUGUCGACUUUGAGUGGGCUCCCGCCAGUGUCAAGUUGGCUAACUCCAAGGUUGAAGGAGGUGAAUACCUUUUGUCAUACUGGACUCCAGAAAGCUCUAAUCAAACUGCUAGAGUGGCGUUGAUGCAAAUUCCAUCAACCCAGGUUCUCAGAACCACCAACUUGUUCCAAGUCAGUGACUGUAAGAUGCACUGGCACGAUGAAGGAAAGUAUUUGUGUGUGAAGGUCGACCGUCAUACCAAGUCCGGUAAGACUGUGUUUUCCAAUUUAGAAUUUUUCAAGACUACCGAAAAAGACAUUCCUGUUGAAAAGCUCGAGUUGAAGGAAGUGGUGGUGAACUUUGCCUGGGAACCCAAGACUGAACGGUUUAUCACCAUAUCCAGAUUGGACGAUGGUACUAACAACCCUGCCAUUCCAAAAAACAUCAUCUCGUUCUACGCUCCUGAAUUGCUGCAAAAGACCAAGAUCACUUCCUCUAGCUACAAGUGUUACGACACUAUCGAGAAGAAGUACUCAAACACGAUUUUCUGGUCUCCAAAGGGGAGAUUUGCUGUUGUUGCAACCAUCGGCAAGUCUAAUGGAGAAAUCGAGUUCUACGACUGUUCUUACGAUGAUGACAAGAAGCCAGGUAAUAACAAGGACGUUAACAAGGCCAAGUUAUUGAAAGCCGAAAAGUAUGGUGGUAUGACCAACUUGUCUUGGGACCCAUCCGGAAGGUUUGUUGCUGCUUGGUCUUCGGCAUGGAUCCACACCAUUGAAAACGGAUACAAAUUGUUCGAGUUCACCGGUAACAUGUUAAGGGACGACACCAAGGACCAGUUCAAGGAGUUUAUCUGGAGACCAAGACCUGCUUCAUUGUUGAGUGCUGCUGACAGAAAGAGAGUCAGAAAGAACUUGCGUGAAUACAGUGCACAAUUCGACGAAGCUGAUGCCAUGGAGGCUGACACUGCUACCAGAGAAGCCAUUUUGAACCGUCGUAGGCUUUUGGAAGAAUGGAGAGACUACAGAUCGAAAUACGCAAAGGUUGAGUCUACAGAGAACGAAGUGCAAGCUGAAAUCAUCGAGGAGAUCAAAGAGGAGAUCAUCGAAGAGAAAGAAGAAGUUAUUGAGUAGACUAUAUUGUAUGAUAAGACAGUUGAAACUUGAGACUUCAAUAAAUAACUCACUUUUUAUUAGUAGAUACUAAGUAAUUUGAUAAAUACUCACACUAAUCUGUAUUAGAGAACGUAAUUACUAUGAAACGUAUGUCGAUAUUUACAAGAACCAGUAGAUGUUGUCGCUAUGGAGCCUUGGUCCGUAAUUGUAUUCCAUGCCAUUUGGCUAUCUCAUCCUUCAACACCUCGUUGACCAAUCGGUGCUGUUUGAUCAUAGGAACUCCUUUGAACUUAUCGCUUUCCACCAAAAUGGCAAACAUCGACCCGCAGCCGCCUGAUACAUCCCGGACCUCCAAAGCCAAAGGAUUGAACUCCAGUUUCAAGAUCUUGUAUAUCUUCGAUUCAUAUUCAUCCAUCGAGGACAUCGCAUCGGAGUAUAACCGGGCCCCGAUCGCUGUGAUAUUCAUGGAUGCUCUCGGCGUCUGGCGCAAACCAAUGCCUCUGACGCCCCGAACUGGUGCAAGUAUCGAUCUGAACAACAUGGUGCACAAAUACAGUUGUCGUUUCCAGUUUA